AUGAGUGACGAAACAAACGGUACCCCGGAGCGUUUCGCUAUCGGUAUCUCUUUUGGCAACACCUCCAGUUCUAUUGCCCGCAUCAACCCUGAGGGCAAGCCAGAGGUUAUCGCCAACGAGGAAGGAGAUCGUCAAAUUCCUUCCGUCCUUUCAUACAUUGAUGGUGAGGAGUACCACGGUACUCAAGCCAAGGCCCAGCUGGUCCGCAACUCCCAGAACACUGUCGCAUACUUCAGAGAUUACCUUGGCAAGGACUUCAAGUCGAUAGACGCCACACCAUGCCAUAACUCGGCGCAUCCUCAGCCUCACGAGUCUACCGUUGCUUUCUCCAUUGUGGACUCUGCCAACGAGACCCCCAGCACUGUCACCGUCUCCGAGAUUGCCACCCGCCAUCUCCGUCGUUUGAAGCAGUCCGCCUCUGACUACCUGGGCAAGGAGGUCAAUGCUGCUGUUAUCACUGUCCCUACUGACUUCUCCGACGCUCAGCGUGAGGCUUUGACCGCCUCCGCUAAGGCUGCUGGCCUUGAGGUCCUGCAGCUCAUCCAUGAGCCUGUUGCCGCUGCCCUGGCCUACGAUGCCAGGCCCGAGGCUACUGUUACUGAUAAGCUUGUUGUCGUCGCCGACCUCGGUGGUACCCGCUCCGACGCUGCUGUUCUCGCUUGCCGUGGUGGCAUGUACUCUAUCCUCGCAACUGCUCAUGACUACGAAUUGGGUGGAGCUUCGUUGGACAAGAUCAUCAUCGACCACUUCGCCAAGGAGUUUAUCAAGAAGCACAAGACCGAUCCUCGCGAGAACGCUCGUGGUCUCGCUAAGCUGAAGCUUGAGGGUGAGGGUGCUCGCAAGACCUUGAGCUUGGGUACCAACGCCAGCUUGAGCGUUGAGAGUCUCGCAGAUGGCAUUGAUUUCGGUUCCACCGUCAACCGUACUCGUUACGAACUUCUCUCCGGCAAGAUCUUCGCCCAGUUCACCGGCUUGAUCGAGCAGGUCAUCCAGAAGGCUGGAUUGGAUGUCUUGGACAUCGAUGAGGUUAUCUUCGCUGGUGGUGCCUCUCAUACCCCCAAGAUCGCCCAGCUUGCCCGCAACAUUUUCUCCGAGAAGACUAAGAUCCUCGCCCCUUCGACUUUCACUGGCGCCAUCAACCCCGCUGAGCUGGCCCCCAGGGGUGCCGCCAUCCAGGCCUCUCUUAUCCAGGAGUUUGAGCAGGAGGACAUUGAGCAGUCUAUCCACCCCAUGGUUACUGCCACUCCUCACCUGAAGAACGCUAUCGGUGUCGAGUUCACCUCUGGCGAGACUGUCGAGUUCAAGCCUCUCCUGAACACUGAAACUGCCCUCCCCGCUCGCCGUGUCGCUCAAUACGACGCUCCCAAGGCCGGUGGCGAUGUUUUCAUCCGCGUCUGCGAAGGUGUCCGCGAGAUCAAGGUUACCAAGCCUGAGCCUAAGGCCAAGGAGGAGAAGCCCAAGGCUGAGGACGAUGAGGACGACUCCGACUUCGACUCCGACGAGGAUGAGGAGGAAGAGACCCGUGAGAUCGUCUGGAAGACCGAGAAGCCCAUUGCUGAGCUUGCCGUCAAGGGCGUCAAGGCCGGCAGUAAGGUUGAGCUGAUGGUCCACGUCAACGCCGACCUGGGUCUGCAGAUCACCGCUCGCCAGGUUGGCGGCCAGAACGCCGUCCGCGGUGCUGUGCAGGCUGCUUAA